CUGCGGUUAAUUAUUAAGAGCCUGUAAUGAAAAUAUAAAAAAGCCUCUGAAACUGGUGAUCCGUUCCUCUCACUCUGCGCAUCACGAUGUCCUUCUCCGGAAAAUACCAAAUGGAAAGCCAUGAGGGCUUUGAGAAAUUCAUGAAGGCGAUUGGCCUUGCCGAUGACCUCAUCGAGAAAGGUAAAGACAUAAAGAGCAUCUCAGAAAUUGAGCAGAACGGGGACCACUUCAAAGUGACCGUGACGACAGGAUCCAAGGUUAACUCGCACGCCUUUACCAUAGGACAGGAAGCUGAGCUGGAGACUUUAACUGGAGAGAAAGUCAAGGCUGUGGUCAUGAAAGACGGUAACAAACUGAAGGCUACUCUGAAAGGAAUUCAGUCAGUCACGGAGCUCACUGAUGCCAACACCAUUGUGCAUACCAUGACUCUGGGAGACCUCGUCUACAAGAGGACCCUCAAGCGCAUGUCAUGAUAAAAAAAAAAAUCUUGACUGGGAAAAAAGUAGAGAUGCCAAUAAAGAAUGUUUUUCACACUUAUCAAUCACACUUAUCAUUUCAAGUGAUUUCUGAUGUUGCUGGCUGUCAUUAUAUAUCUGUUCAGCUCUGGCGCAUUAACCUGAAUUAGACCUAAAAAUACCCCUUUACAUCCUUAAAAAUGAUACUUCUAUUUAAAAUGACAGAUCUUUAUUUAAAAAAAGCCUUUGCACAAUGUUUUGAUGCCGCUUAAAUCAAAAACAAACAGCACUAAAAAAAAAAA